AUGCCACGGGCAUCCAAAUUGCGAAAUAAACGAGAUCGUAACGGUGACCGCAAUGAUGACCGUAAUGGUGACUCGGCAACGAUCGACGAUAGCCGUGAAAAAUCAUCUCGUAAAAAGAGGAUUGUGAAAGAGCCAGAACCAGAGCCAGAGUCAGAAAAGGAUAAAAUAAAAGAGAACAAAAAGAAUACAAAAACCAAUGUUAAAAAGUCUGAAAACAACAAUGUUCAGGCUGAGGUCGACAAGGGGAAAAAUAAAUUAAAAGAUAAUGUAUUUAUAUCGAAUCACUCGAUAAUUUCGACUGGCGAUUUCCGUAUAAUAACUGGUAGUUAUGAGAGGAUAUUAUACGGGAUAGACGCAAGAUGGAUCAAAGAGGACAACGAUCAAGCUGACAAAGACGAGGUGAAACUACAGCUGGAGCCUCUUUUCAUCUUUUCUGCUCAUAUCGGAUACAUAAAGACAGUUGCUGCUAGUGGAAGAUACUUGGCAUCAGGCAGCACGGAUGAAAUAAUCAGACUCUACGAUCUGAAAAGACUCAGAGAACACGGCUCACUUCACCAUCACAAUGGCUCAAUCACCACACUGUGCUUUUACUCUACAACUCACAUGCUCAGCGGUAGCGAAGACGGACUUGUCGCCAUAUGGCGUACAAAAGGUUGGGAGUGUUUAAAGAGCAUGAAAGGACACAAGGCAUGUGUGAAUUCUAUAGCUGUACAUCCUUCGGGAAAGAUGGCGCUGAGUGUUGGAAAAGACGGGGCUGCGAUUGUUUGGGAUUUGGUUAACGGAAGAAAGGGUGCGGUAUGGAAGAUUAGAAAAGAAGGCGAAGUUGUACUCUGGAAUACAUCGGGAGAGUUUUAUGCCAUUUUGUCAAGAAACGAAAUAACAAUAUAUAAUGUUGCAGAUGCCCAAGUAUCUCAGACAAUCACUCAGAAAUCCAUGUUCCUUUGCAUGAGAUACUAUAAAGAUGAUAAUAUAGGUGAAGUCAUUAUUACAGGAAGCGAAGAUAAAAUUAUCAGAGCGUUUGACGUAAAUACUGGGAAAUGUAUUGUAGAAUUUUCGGGACAUAAGAACAGCACUGGCUUACUAACAUUUCGAAUUCUUUUCUGUCCGACUCGCCUUACUCAACAACAAAGAAUAAAAUCCCUCGACAUAAUCCGUUCGAAUCGACCAUUCCUUUCGAUUCCAAUAACUCUUCUAGUUUCCAUAUCUUCUGAUGGGAUAGUUAAUGUCUGGAACCUCUCUUCGGCGCUGGAAAAAAUAAAACCAGACAAGGUGGCUCAAAUAAACAAAGUUAUCGCAAGUCACGAUACGGCAAAUAGAUUGAUUUGUGUUGUCUGUGCUGAAGGUGGGAAAAGUAAAUUGGGAGAGGGGAGUGUGCAACGAGAUGGAGGUGAAGAGAGUAAAGACAUUGACAAAGACAAUAAAGAGGAUGAUACAGAUGACGAGAGCGACUAG